GGAGCUCAGGGCUUAAAAUGAAAGUCUGCUCUCUGAACCCAGCACAACUCUGAGAUAACUCCUCCAGCAGCGACCGAACCGAGCUCAGAAAAGGGCUCCAUCAUGAGUCACGACAAAGAAGAAGAAGAAGAUGAUGGAGCCGAGCUGGACCAGCAGCAGCAGCAGCCUCUCAUUCUGGAGAGGGUGGAGAAAGAAACGGCUAAAAGCUGGCAGACCGCUGUGUCGCGCCGUCUGAAGAAAUGCUCGUGCACCUCAGAGAAAGCUAAAGCCAAAGUCCUGGGCUUCAUCCCGAUUCUGAGAUGGCUGCCACGCUACCAGCUCAGAGAAUGGCUGCUGGGCGAUGUCAUGUCAGGGCUGAUUGUGGGGAUCCUAUUGGUCCCUCAGUCCAUAGCCUACUCCUUACUGGCCAGUCAGGACCCCAUAUAUGGUCUGUACACUUCCUUCUUCACCUCAAUCAUCUACGCCAUCUUCGGCACCUCCAGACACAUCUCGGCGGGGGUCUUCGGGGUGCUCUGCCUGCUCGUGGGUCAGGUGGUGGAUCGGGAACUGGCUCUGGCGGGAUACCUCACGGAAAGCAGCGGCAUGGGUUUCAACGACAGCUCCGUCCUGCUGGCGGGCCAGGGGAACGACAGUGUCGUGAUGGGAUGCGACAAGAGCUGCUACGCCAUCACAGUGGGAGCUACGGUUACUUUUACUGCUGGGGUUUACCAGGUGCUGAUGGGUAUUUUCCAGGUCGGCUUCGUCUCCGUCUACCUCUCGGACUCCCUCCUCAGUGGCUUCGCUACAGGAGCCUCCCUCACCAUCUUCACCUCCCAGUUCAAAUACCUGCUGGGCCUGAAGGUCCCCCGGCCUCAGGGCUGGUUCGUUCUGUUUAAGACCUGGUACAGCGUGCUCACCAACCUGGGACACACCAAUGUUUGUGACCUUGUUACCAGUUUGGUGUGUUUGCUGGUACUGCUACCUGUCAAGGAGAUCAACAAUCGCUUCAAAGCCAAGCUAAAGGCUCCGAUUCCCUUCGAGCUCUUCGUGGUGAUCAUUGCUACGCUGGCGUCUCACUUCGGACACUUCAACACUGACUAUGGGUCGGACGUGGCCGGCGACAUCCCCACGGGCUUCCUCCCUCCUCAGCUGCCGAUGUGGACUCUGAUCCCCAACGUGGCCGUGGACGCCUUCUCCAUUGCCAUCGUGGGAUUCGCCAUCACCGUCUCACUGUCGGAGAUGUUCGCCAAGAAGCACGGCUACACGGUGGACGCCAACCAGGAGAUGUACGCCAUCGGCCUCUGCAACAUCCUGCCGUCGUUCUUCCGAUGCUUCACCAGCAGCGCCGCGCUGACCAAGACCCUCGUGAAGGAGUCCACAGGGUGCCAGACUCAGGUAUCCGGGCUGGUCAGCGCCCUCGUCCUGCUGCUGGUGCUGCUGGUUAUCGCACCGCUCUUCUUUUCCCUUCAAAAGUGUGUGUUAGCCGUCAUCAUCCUGGUCAACCUCCGCGGAGCUUUACGGAAGUUCCUCGACAUUCCCAGCAUGUGGCGUGUCAACCGCGUGGAUGCCUCCAUCUGGCUGAUCACCAUGGCAACCUCGGCCUUCGUCAACACAGAGCUGGGUCUGCUCGUGGGGGUUCUGGUGUCGGCCCUCAGCGUCCUGGGCCGAACCCAGCAAGCCCGGGUCCAGGAGCUGGGCCGGGCCCCGAGCAGGGAGCAUUAUGAGGACCUGUUGUCCUACCGCGGCCUUCGGACCAAUCCCGAAGUGGCCGUUUUUAGAUACGAGGCUCCAAUCUAUUACGCCAACCAGAGCUUGUUCAAAAAAUCCCUCUUCAAGAGUGUGGGGCUCACGCCUGUGAAGGGGAAAGCCCAACUCAUGAAGUUUAAGAAGAAGAACAAACAGCAGGAGGAGGCUGCAGGAGUCCCAAAUCUGAAAUCAGGGGAGACGGAGGGUGAGGUGAAGCAGCAGGAGGAGGUUGAAGCCGGAGCGACUGUGACGCUGAUGCCCGAGGAGAAGUCCCGUAGCUUACGCGGUUUGGUGAUCGACUGCAGCGCCAUCUUGUUUCUCGACACUGCUGGAGUGAACGCUCUGAAAGAGGUCCGCAAGGAUUAUGCAGAACUUGGGAUCAAGGUUGUCCUGGCCCGGUGCAGUACCUCAGUACUGGACUCACUGGAAAGAGGGGGAUUCUACCCCGGCAAAGAAGGAUGCGAUGGAGGAGAAGACAAAAUCCUCUUCUUCACCAUCGCAGACGCCGUCCGCUACGUCCAAAGCCUCUCCGCUCCAAACGGAGAUUAUGACAGCAAAUGCUGAAAAGAUCUAUUUAUCCAAAUAUCUAUGUUUACACGUAUGCAGCUGUGCAUAAUCCAAAAGAAAAGUCAAUAGUUACCGAUGUGCCUUUAAUGCCACAUUGAUGGCUGAAGUGCAAGUUUCACACGUCUAUCCUACAUAACUGCUGCAGACAAAUAUUUAUUUUACACAGUUUUAAAUAUGAUUCUGUCAUUUUAUAAGCAUUUUUAGUCCUCGUAUCAACAUGAAACCAAAGUACACAGCACUUAUGUGUGAAACUUCACUUUGAGCAACAUUUUCUAUUUUUGCAUACAAACACCCAAAGAGUUCUCAAAAAUACAUCAACUAAAGUUACACAAACUAAAAACUAUUUAUAUAUAUUUAUUUAUAGUUCCGUCCUAACUCACCCUUUUUCACCCUGAAAUUGAAAAUGUAUUAUCUGAUGUAGUAGUACUAUAGCCGUUUGUUCCCUACAUCUACUGUAUUAUUAUACAUUUUAAUGUUUUUGAUCUCACAACUAGUCUCCCAACAAUUGAGUCACAUGCAAAGUGGCUGUAAAGUUUACAGCAGGGACUGUACUUAACUAAACUGAUAUAUCAUUCUGUCAUGGAGCUCCUGUCCAAAAUUUGCAAGCCUAAAUGUUUUAUGUAGAUAAUGCGUGUUGGGAUACUUGCAGUAAGUGAAAUGGUUUGAAGUUGAGAAAUGCUGUUUUAAGGGAACUCUGUAUCAGCAUUUCAGAAUUCAAGUUUCAUUUACGUUUGUAGCUUCACAUGUAAUCAGGACAGUUUUUCAACAACUUGAAUCAAAUCCUACAGACUGAGCUCAUGAAUGUACUGAUGCUGAUCGUAGUCCAUAAUGCUGCUCUCUCUCAUGCCAGUGAUAACCAUGGGAGGCAGGUUUUUUAUUUUUAUUUUUGGUCAGAUUUACAAAGCCAUAAAGAAGUAAAUCUGCUCUGUUGACUGAACGGGAGUAGGAAUGCUGGACUUGAGCAAACAACAGCAGUAAAUGUCUGUUUACUUUCCAUUUGGCAGCCUCCAUGUAACCAAACUGUAGUGCCUUCACCGAUGCCUAUACAGGGCCUUACUUGUUCAAAUGUACUGAAUGUUUUCAUAUCAGCUCUUCGACAUAUGAAUGACAGUCAACUUUCACUGUUGCAAUGUACAAUAUUUCUAUUUCCACGAGCUUCUGAUUGACAAUCUUCUUGUUACCGUCUCUUUUACAUUUUUCCGUCUGGAAAAGUCAUGUUUUUAAAAUGAAGAGUUGCAUUUUGGAACAAAUGUCCUUUUUUUUUUAAUAAGCUGGCAGGUCUUUCCUAAAUCGUGUGUCGUUCUGACGGAGUACUUUACGUUUGCUGAGGGUGACAACAUUACUGACUGUUACUGGAGCUUUAUCAAUACACAUUUGUCAGUCGGGGUGAGGAAUGGGGAGCAAAGUUUGAGAUAAAGAAAAGCACUUUUCUGCUGUGAGAUAAAAAGCUGAAGUUGAAUUGUGCCGGUCGAACCUUGAACUAGCUCAGGUCUUUGUGUGUAAGAGAUCGUCUCAUCAAACUAAGAGCCGCUAUAUUAUUAAAGACAUUAUUGUUCAAAAUAUUAUAAAUAAAUCAUGGAGGUCAAUUCAUUUCUAUUUUUGUAAUAGAGGAAUGCUCAGGGUUGGCUACAUGAUGUUCUUAGUUAAAGGCACUCUGAAGUUUAUGACCUCUAGCACAGUUAUGGAGAUUUUCAAUGAGUUUCAGAGUUUUUCCACACGGACGAUGCAAUACGCAUUCCUGCCAAAGGAGUGUAAAAUGCACUGGCAAAAGCAAAAAGGAAGGAAAGAAAGCAGCUGCUAGCUAGUGAACAUGGGCGUAAAUAAUGUUAAAUGUUUCUAAUCAUUGACCUCACAAAUGGUUUUAUCAGGCAGGAAAUGAACUGACGUCUAUUAGACCUGAACCUCUUUCACGAGAACUUGUUUUAAAAGUACGUGAUAAUCAUUCGUCGUCCUCUGACUCUCACAGUGUGAGUUUUCUCUUUAAAUUCAUUCAAAGUGCUUUACAUUAACAACAUAAAAGGGAGAGUGAUAUCUGUUUAGGAUAAACUCAGUGCAUCUGCAUUUGUUUUUAGCUUUAGUUUACAAAGUUCAUUCAUCAUUUUCUUUAAUAAUGCUUUUAUUGUGAAAACUAAAAAGGCACAAAUAAAAGUUCAUUACAGGUUCACUUCUAGUUUUGUAUUCAUUUAUAUUUAUGUUAAAAUAUAUGAAAAAAUACAGUACCAGUCAAAAGUUUGGACACACCUUCUCAUUCAAUGGUUUUUCUUUAUUUUUAUUUUUUUUUUUUUCUACAUUGUAGAUUAAUAUUGAAGACAUCCAAACUAUGAAGGAACACAUAUGGAAUUAUGUGGUAAACAAACAAAUGCUCAACAAACCAGAAUAUGUUUUAUAUUCUACAUUCUUCAAAGUAGUUGAAUGAGAAGCUGAAAAUACACUUUGUCAUCUUCUCAUAAAGUUUGUUGCCCUAAAUUAUUGUGCUUCAAAUCUGUGAAGUCUCUGCUGAUAGAAGACUGUCGGACAAUCCUCUUCAUCCUUGUGAGGCGGUUGACGCGUGUUAAAUCUCUUUCUUCUCACUGUGUCAGUACAGCGUUUCUUUUUCUUUCCUGUUCAAACCCGUCUGUUUUAGUGACUUUAUUUUUAUGAUUUGUUAUAGGUAUUGAAAGAUAAUCAAAAGCUCCAUUGUUGGCCAACAAAGAAAUCAGAAUGUGAGUUCGUUAAACUGGCGCCAAAUGAAUGCUGCUCUGUGUAUUUACUGAACACACCUCUUUACAACCUGUAAGCCUGUAAACCUGUAAACCCUGCCUUCUUAAAUAACGCUCAUCAAUCAAUCUGAAAAAGAGCUAGAAGCAGCCACACCCGUCUCACUACAAAACCUCAACGCACAGUUUGAUUUCAUCUUCAUGUUUUGGAUUAGAUUUCAACUUAAAUGGAGAAAACACUCUCAAAUCAACCGUCCCAUCUCCAGCAGUCAUCACAAUCAAUCUGUCAAUCAAACUGGUUUUAGAUUUGCAGAAUAUUAGGAUUGUUUUAUCUAUAGCUUCUUUUCUGUCAUUUCUUGCAGCUCUAAAACAGUAGCGGUGUAUUUUUAUAGCUUCUUUUUCUAUAAAUCCAUAAUACAGAGGGCAAAGAAAUUAUGGCUGCAAGAAAAACAUUGUAAACGUUUUUUUAUCCCAAAGAUUUGUUCCAUAUUUUGUUGGUGUGUUUUUUCUCACUAAGACUCACUAUUACCUAAUUGUAGCUGCCAACAAAGAGAUUAUAGCUGAUAGCUCAUUUGGUAGAGACAGCCUCUGUUCACCUUUCUGAUGUAAAAUACAUAUUAUAUAUUGCUUUAAAUGAAGAAGUAGGAUUGUAUUCAUGACAUGCAAACAAUAAAGGGAAAUAUAAAAGCCUAUG